AUGAAGUUGGCGAUCCUGCUGUUCUGUAAGUUUUUGAGGGAUUUUUGAUGACUUUAGAGGAUUCAAUAUUAGUAUAUGUUUUUUUUCGGUGAAAGAAUUAUUUUUGAUGACUUUGAAGAUCAAAAAAUCCCUUUGCGAUCUUGUUUUAGACAUCAAAAAUAAGUUUUUUUUUCAUCGCCACUAAUAAUUUUUUUGGUGAUUAGACUUAUAAUUCUUAGUUUGUAAUUUUAUAGUAGUAAAAUACGUUAAGUAAUCACUCUUGAAAAUUGAUUUUCAGGUCUUAUUCUGGCAGUAAAUGGCUUUAUCCGACCGAAACGACAGACCUACUACUAUCCAGAAGAGCUACGAAAAUAUGCCCGCCCACAUGCCGGAACCAAGUUCUAUCAAGGAACUGUAGGACGGUAUGCUCCGCAGGAUUGGCCUUCGUGGUAAGGAGAGUUGUAAAAUUGAUCGGAAAAUACAUUUAGCUUUUUUUAUGAUUUUCGGAGUCAACUUUGGCAAAAGAAUUUUUCGAAACUAAAGUAAAGGAUUUUUUCUACAAACGUAUUUUACCAAAAUCUGGGAUCAGAAAAUACCUAACAUAAAGAGCAAUUUUUGUAAAAGGAAUAAGUUUCUUUCAGCGAAAGCUGCAAAAAGUUACAGUCAAAAACACUCUUUUUCUCUAUGCCACUCUCCUAAUUCGACAUGUUCUAUCGGAAAAAGUCGUUGAAUAUCUUGAAUAAUCUUGAAGUCUAUGAAGUAAAGUUUUACUGGAUAGGAUAAUUGGCAAUUUAGAGUGUAUUUAAAAAGAUUUUACUUAAAUUGGAUUCAUAUUUUUUGAGUUGUAAGGCAUUCUUUUACAACACUUCCCUUCAGGUACACUCGAACGAUUUUCAAAUGGAACGGAGAUUCGCGGAUGGGUCCCUAUCACCCGAACGACGUCCGAUACCUGGCCUACCAACGCGCCCGAAUGCGCGACCCAUAA